UACAGGGCACUUAAAGACUUGAAGAAAAUGGUAUAGUUUUCUCUUACUUAAACUAAAAAUAAGGACACCUAGCUCAGUUGCUAAACAGGAAAAAUACCCACAUGGACUUUGGACCCGCUGCAACAUAUGGAAAUCAUAAGAUCAUUAAACCAGUAAGACCACUCUUCUGCCGAGAUCCAGUUCCUUCGUGGCAAUAUUUUUGUGAUACCUCCGCCAUAUCAUCUGGGAAGUCUGAAGGAGAAAUUAGCUUUCUGUGACGUAAUGACGCCUCUCUCCUUAUCGCUAUAAUAGCCAUAAGAUUAGUUCAGAACUAUCGGCUAGUUCCAGAACUGAGCAGCCGCCGCCUCGAAGGUGAAGGUGUAGAGUAACCCAGAGCCAUGGCCACCACUGAGAAAGUCUCCGCCGAGCGCAAGGCCAAUCCGAUAAAGUCCUUCCUCACCGGAGGAUUCGGAGGAAUCUGCAAUGUGUUAUCUGGUCACCCGCUGGACACCAUCAAGGUGCGCCUGCAGACGAUGCCUCGGCCGGCGCCUGGCGAGAGUCCCAUGUACAAAGGAACCUUCGAUUGUGCUGCGAAGACCAUCAAGAACGAGGGAGUCCGAGGCCUGUACAAGGGAAUGUCGGCACCCCUGACCGGUGUUGCUCCCAUCUUUGCCAUGUGUUUCGCUGGCUACGCGCUGGGCAAACGCCUCCAGCAGCGCGGUGAAGACGCCAAGCUCACCUACUCGCAGAUCUUUGUGGCCGGCUCAUUCUCCGGCCUGUUCUCCACCCUGAUCAUGGCGCCCGGAGAGCGGAUCAAGGUGCUGCUGCAGACGCAGCAGGGUCAGGGAGGCCAGCGCAAGUACAACGGCAUGAUCGACUGCGCCGGAAAGCUCUACAAGGAGGGUGGACUUCGCAGCGUCUUCAAGGGCAGCUGCGCCACCAUGCUCAGGGAUUUGCCCGCCAACGGACUGUACUUCCUGGUAUAUGAAGCUAUCCAGAAUGUGGCCAAGGCCAAAUCCGAGACUGGCCAGAUUAGUACUACCUCAACGAUUUUCGCUGGUGGAGCUGCCGGCAUGGCCUACUGGAUUCUGGGAAUGCCAGCCGAUGUCCUCAAGAGUCGCCUGCAAUCGGCUCCGGAAGGCACCUACAAACACGGCAUUCGCAGUGUCUUCAAGGACCUGAUUGUUAAGGAUGGUCCUCUGGCCUUGUAUCGCGGCGUCACGCCCAUCAUGAUCCGUGCCUUCCCGGCGAACGCUGCCUGUUUCUUUGGCAUUGAACUAGCCAACAAGUUCUUCAACAUUGUGGCGCCAAAUUUCUAGUUGAAAAUAGGUGAAAUAAAUUUAGUGUCUCACUAAAGUGUUUUUAAAUAUUGAAAGAAAA